UUUAUGCAUAAUUUAUGUUUAUUUAGUUUAUUUAUGACCUUUUGAAUUCUGCUGUCAUUUUUUCUAUUGGUUAAAUUUUUAUAAAUAAAUAAACAUUUAUUAUUUCUUAAUCUUUGUGCUUUUAACAAAAGCAUCUUAUAAUUUGGAACCGAAGGAGUAAUAAAUAAUGUUGCAAUCUGCACGAUGCACGAUGAUGAGCUGGUUUUGUCGGUAAAGUCAAUGACAAUCGGUAAAUACUAAAAUAAUACUGUAUAUGACCUGACAAUCAGGUCACUGGUUACACAAUUUAUGUAUAACUCAAAAGGGACACAAAGAAAAAUGAGUUAGCAAGGAGGUCUUGCCCACCCACUCAUGAAAAAAGUACAAACUUGUGCCUUCCCUUUGAUAUUCAAUCUUUCGACUUCACCCAACAAAAAUGGAGCCGAUCCCAGACCAACCAAUGGACCAACCAAAGCAAAAGAUGAAGAUUCCCUGCAAUCAUAUGUUAAGCUACAUAUAUUUGACGCAAUCAUAUAGUUAUUGUGCAGUAUGCGACGGAGAUUAUGGCAUGUGCUAUUACUGUCCAAGCUGCAAAUUUCAUGCGCAUUCGGAAUGCAUCGAGUGGCCAGACACCAUCGAGCACCCGUGUCACUCCAGACAUCCUCUCAAGAAAGUCUCGCCCGGGACAAUUGACUAUACAGAUGGCAAAUGCCAUUUUUGUAGAGAAGAACUUGUUGAUCCGACGUAUCAUUGUUCUUUAUGUAACUUCAGCGUAGAUGUGCGUUGUUGGAGGUUUCCACCAGAGCGUACUAUUUAUCAACCAAAGAGCCACGACCAUACAUUCACCCUCAUGCCGAGAAAGAUCACCUUCACUUGUAAUGCAUGUGGGAUGCUUGGUGACUGCAAUCCUUACUUUUGUUUUGAAUGUGCUUUCAUGCUGCACAAAGACUGCAUCGAUUUGCCCCGAGUUAUAAACAUUAACCGUCAUGACCACCGUAUUUCUCGCACCUAUCAUCUCGGCCACGGCGGUUGGGAUUCAUGUGGAGUUUGUCGCAAAGAGAUAGAUUGGAUGUUUGGAGCUUUCACUUGCAAGCGUUGUCCUAAUUAUGCUGUUCAUUCAAAGUGUGCGACAAGGGAAGAUGUGUGGGAUGGAAAAGAACUGGAAGAUGAGCCUGAAGAAGAAGAAGAAGAAAUUGAAGAUCCAUACAAGGUAAUAAAUGAUAAAGAAAUCAUUCAUUUUAGUCAUGAAGAACAUAAUCUAAGACUUGGUGAUGAUAAUGUUAUCGGUUAUGAAAAGAUGCGGUGCGACGCUUGCAUCACUCCCAUCAGUUGUGAUCCAUUCUUCAAAUGUGUGCAAUGCGAGUUCUUCCUUCAUAAAGUAUGUGCUAGUCUUCCUCGGAGGAAACGAAGUAUCAUGCACACCGAGAAGCUUGCUCUACAGGUUACGUUGAAUAAGGCUGGCGAGUAUAAUGGGUGUAGAUCUUGUAACAAAUUAUUCGAUGGCUUCCGGUACUGUUCAAGGUUUGAAAAGUUUGAUGUGCGGUGCGGCUCCGUUUCCGAGCCUUUUCACCAUGAACUGCAUCCCCAUCCCUUAUACCACAUAUUGUCACCAACCGGAAGACUUAAGCUUUGUGGAGCAUGUGGUAAAUAUUUACACUAUGUCUUAAGUUGUACUGUUUGUGAGUUUAAUCUAGGCAUGGAUUGUGCCACUUUACCAAGAAAAGUGAAACACAGAUGCGACGAUCAUGAUUUAUCGUUGCAUCAUGUUCCUGGGAAAUCGAAAGGUCAACUAUGGUGUGAUAUUUGUGAGGGAAAGAUAGAUCCUAGCGUUUGGUUUUAUGGUUGUGAUGAUUGUGGGUCAACUCUCCAUAUCAACUGUGUACUUGGAGACUUUAGUUACUUAAAGCCAGGGAACAAAUACGGCCAAGCUGAACUAGUUGCCAACGAUGGUAUGACUAGACCUUUUUGCAUAUGGUGUAAAAAACGUUGCAGGUUCCCUUCCUUCCUUAAGGCUACUUGUCCAAAUUUAGUGUGUGAACAACGUUGGGGGUUCCCUUCCUUCCUUGAGGCUGCUUCUCCAGAUUCAACUGUUUUGUUCGCUUGUUCAAUGGACUGUGCAUACGAUAAACACUUCAUGAUGUGGUUUUAUGAGGAAUUUGAUUAAACCUUGAGUAUGUCUCCAAGGCCAACGCAAGGCAUCAAAAAGCGCCAAGACGGGAUUACGAUCCUUCUAGAAUCUGAUAAAUUUGUAUUCCGUUCCUAUUUGGAACUUGUGUGAGGAUAAUUGGAUCUAUUUGCUUCCAUGUAAUGCACCUUUUUUAUAUAUGAUCGAAAAAUGUGUGAGUUGUUGACAAUUUCAAUUGUCUUGUUUUGGUCUCCGAAACUAAGAAAACCAAAGUAAAUUUGUUAUAUAUUUUGUUUGUGGUUAACUAAGUAAUUUUGUUAUAUAAAAAGUAAAACUAUUUGACAAAAAAAAAGAAAAUAUGUAAAGAAUGAAGUCAGAAUCGGUUAUCAUGAAUUGGAAUCACAGCUUCAACGGAGUUCUAUUUGGUUGUUAGGAGGCGGCGAGGCGUGACAAAAUGAUAGAGAACGAAAUUUAGGUUAUUUUGGAAUUGGACAAUUUUCUCAACUUUUAAAUUUUCUACUAAAAGUAUUAUAUCAUAUGUGAUAUAUGGAUGAGAGUAAAAAUAAGAGGUCUGCAUAAGGAGUACUUAAAUGUCGUCCAAUGUUUGAGUACGUCUUGCAUGCAAAAGGAUUGAGAGAAUCGAAGUCUCCUUACAUUGGCAAUAAAAUAA